UGAGCGCGAAACACGUUUUUUUCAAAUUCAAAAAAAUUCCAUCUGACAUUUCAACAUUCCCUCCAAAACCACACGGUGCAUUUUUGACAUAACUUUUUUUUUUUAAUUUUUCUUUUGGUCGUGGCGUUGAACUUGGCUGUGAGUGCAGAGCCCCCGUUUCAUAAGUGAUUAUACGAUGUUACAAACGUUCGUAGUGAAAGUGUAGUGACGUAAACAUUAGAUCAGACGUUAUGGCGGACAUUGUGCGUUUGGGGAAGUGCCGUGCCAUAGAUAUAAUUUUUUUUAUUGUUUUUGGUACCUCAAUCUUCACAACAGAAAUAACAUGUCAACAGACUGUUCUCCACCCGGUCCCCUUCAGACGGAUAACGGAUGAAACAAACCCAUAUCUACAAAGGCACACGCACUGGAAUCAAUAUUCCGUACCAAGAAAAAGGUCUUCAGAUUCCACACAAUAUUACCAAAAUAAUCCUUAUAGUCAAGCAUAUUACCAUGAACGACAGUUCAUGUCACAAGUACCCAACAACCAACAAUACCCUCAAUAUUAUGAUGGUAGAUCAUCUGUAGAUUUAAUUCACUCAGAAAGUAUUCAAAAUCCAAACGAUGGAAGAUUACUAUCAGACUCUGCAUUCACAAGAAUAUCUGAAACUCUGGGAGCAAUUAACACAGUUGGUCAUUAUCUCGUCGAUGUGGUCAAUGAUAAUAAUGAUCGAACGGAAACCGAUUCUAAUUUACAGCAGUUACCCCAAGCUCUCUACACGAUAAGCAAAAAUGUUCUAGGGCGUAACGUUACUGACAAAAUAGCACCUAUAGUAAAGAAAGCUUUACCUAGAGUUCUACCAGAUGCUCCUAUAACAAAAAUAGCAACGGCAAAUUACAAUGAAAAUGAUGCCAAGUCGUGUACGACACCUGAAGGAGAGGAUGGUGUGUGUGAAGACUUGAGUAACUGUCCGCAAUUACUGCUAAACCUUAUUAAUCUCAGAGAAUCGUUGUGUUUCAAAGACCUAUUUGUACCUGGAGUAUGUUGUCCACGUGACGCAGUUGUGCCUUCUACGCCAGCGGUGGAAAAGCCUGUUUUAACGACAACUAGUAAACCGACUUACUUGGUUCCUGUAACGACUCAGAGGCCUGUAACUUUGACAACAAAUAAACCAACGACGAAACCUUCAGCUGUUUUGGUUCUAACAACUAAGAAACCAAAAACAACUACGCCAAAAGUAACUACGCCGAAACCGACUAGAACAACUACGGUCACUACUUCCCGACCACCGUCUACUACAUCUUUUUACACAGUUGCACCACCUAUUAUCGCUAAUUACUCCAACAUUGUGGAUGUUAACGAUUGCGGUCAACGCGAAGACGAAGGAGGUCGUAUAGUUGGUGGAACAGAAUCCAAACCUGGCGCCUGGCCAUGGAUGGCAGCUAUCUAUCUCCACGGGAACAAGAGGAGAGAGUUCUGGUGUGGAGGCACUCUGGUGGGGCGACGACAUGUGCUCACAGCCGCUCAUUGUACAAGGGACUCGAAACAGAGGCCUUUUCCCGCCCGCCAAUUCAGCGUGCGUCUGGGUGACGUAGACUUGGCACGUGACGACGAACCCUCCCGCCCGGUGACGUUGCGGGUGACAGCCGUGCGCGCGCACGAGCAGUUCUCGAGGGUUGGCUUUUAUAACGAUAUCGCUGUUUUGGUUCUGGCUGAAAACGUCCAAAAAUCAAAAUAUGUGAUACCCAUCUGCCUCCCGUACGGCGACCUUGCCCGCAAGCAGUUCGACGGCUCUGUAGCUACCGUGGUGGGCUGGGGGACCACGCGGUACGGUGGGGGGGAGAGUUCCAAGCAGUUAGAGGCUAAACUACCAGUAUGGAGGAACGAGGAAUGUGACAGAGCGUAUUUCCAGCCGAUAACAGAUACUUUUCUGUGCGCGGGAUACGCGAGGGGUGGGGUUGAUGCGUGUCAGGGAGACUCAGGCGGCCCGCUAAUGUUGCAAGCAAACGGUCGGUGGACUCAAAUCGGCGUUGUUUCGUUCGGAAACAAGUGCGGCGAGCCCGGCUACCCCGGCGUCUACACACGUGUGACACACUACCUCAGCUGGCUGCAACAGAACUUAACAUAAUUAAUUUAAUUUAAUCACUAAACUUUAAAUUAUAUGCACCUUAUAUUCUUUUUUUUUUAAAGUGAAACUUUUAUUACAUCGUCUCAAACUUUUUGGUCCGUGUAGCGCAUGUCUCGUG